CGAAACACCGCGCGCGACGGGCGUGUGAUGCGUGUGUAGACAGAACUGAUGAAGAUGGAGUCCGCCGUGGACUCAGCGUCGACCGCGAGCGAAGUGAGCGGCUCAUCCGGGGGCUCGCCGAGAGUAAAAGUUGCGUCACCAGCUCGUGCUGUUAGCCCGCCGCAACUGUUAGCGCCGAGAUUGCCGUUGCCACCGCCAGGACUAGGCCUGUUGGGUUCCUUGCAAAUGAUGCACCACUCGCCACUCGAGCUGAUGGCAGCGGCGCACCAUCAUGGCCCGCCGCGUUACGGAAGCCCACCACCGAUUUCAACGUCCGACCCGUCCGCCAACGAGUGCAAAUUGGUCGACUACCGCGGACAGAAGGUCGCCGCCUUCAUCAUUCAGGGUGACACGAUGUUAUGCUUGCCGCAGGCCUUUGAACUGUUUCUCAAGCACCUGGUGGGUGGGUUGCACACAGUGUAUACGAAGCUAAAAAGACUGGACAUAGUGCCGCUGGUGUGCAAUGUGGAACAGGUGCGCAUCUUGCGUGGGCUGGGUGCCAUCCAGCCUGGCGUCAACCGUUGCAAGUUGUUGUCCUGUAAAGAUUUCGACGUGCUCUACCGCGACUGCACUACGGCAAGGUACUUCUCAAGCUCCAGACCGGGUCGACCACCGAAGCGCGCGUCGGGCGUUGGUCUCUCGCUUGCUGCGACGCAGUUCCCUGGACACCCAUUCAAGAAGCACCGGCUUGAGAACGGGGACUACUCACCUUAUGAAAACGGACAUAUGAGUGUUUAUUACCUUGUUGCAGAAAUGGCACGAAUGGACAAGUCACCACUCCUGGCUAAUGGCUACAAUGCACCACCCACUCACCUGGGACCAAUGGGCUUCAUGCACCAACAUGCACUCAUGUCCCCUGGCAUGCCUCAUCACGGUGUACCAAGACCUGACGGCUCUAUCAUUAAAGGUCAACCAAUGCACAACAUGGAAGCACUCGCGAGAUCUGGUAUUUGGGAGAACUGUAGAGCGGCUUACGAGGACAUCGUAAAACAUCUAGAAAGGUUGCGAGAUGAACGAGGCGACAUCGAACGUGUUAUAGCCAUGGACAAAGCUCGAGAGGGUUCACAUAAUGGUUCGUCUCCAGGCCACAGUCCUGUGCUAAACCUUUCAAAGUCCGGUUCGGGCGAGCGCGAACGUUCAGAGCGCGAACGUGAUCGCGCGGAACGGGGGGAAGGGUCUGCGAGCGGGCGAAGCUCGGCCGCCUCCCGCCGUACCCCUCAGCCCUCGCGAAUACCCUCUACGGCUGCUGCAGUUUCACCACGCUCGCAUACUGACGAAAGCGACGGUGCUCUAUCUGAUCAAGAAGACCAUAAUGUUAAAGAUGAGGACGACGGAGCAGACUUGAGUGAUGGCGAUCGUGAUCUACCCACCAAUUCGUCCCCGGCGCCCGUCAACUAUCCCGCUCAAGGCUCGUCACCUAACGUUCCCGUAGACCCCACUGCCGACACUCUGGUGUCUUCUACAGAGACUCUUCUCAGAAACAUCCAGGGUCUUCUUAAAGUCGCAGCAGAUAACGCCCGUCAACAGGAACGGCAAAUCAGUUACGAAAAAGCUGAAUUGAAAAUGGACGUCCUCAGAGAACGGGAAGUAAAGGAUAAUUUGGAAAGACAACUGCUUGACGAACAAAAAAUGAGAGUCAUGUACCAGAAGAGACUGAAGAAAGAGCGAAAGCAGAGGCAACAAAUUCAAGAUCAGUUAGAAUCAGAGCUGAAAAGACGGCAGAAGAUAGAAGAAGCGCUGAAACAGUCUGGGGCCCCUUCAGAAAUACUUAGAAUAGUUACUGAAAACCUAACACCUGUAACGCAAGAGAACCGAGAACGUGAGAAUGGCACUGAGAGCAAGCCACCGAGCACGGAACCACCCACCUCAUCGCCGCCGUUCCAGCGGGAUCCGCCACGCACGCCCGACAAACCGCAGUGGAAUUACCCGCCACCGCCCGUCGACAUCAUGAGCGGAGGAGCUGCCUUCUGGCAGAAUUACUCUGAAUCCUUGGCGCAAGAGUUGGAGAUGGAGCGCAAGUCCCGCCAACAGGCCAUGGAACGUGACGUGAAGAGCCCUCUUUCCGACCGUGCCAGCUACUACAAGAAUUCAGUUCUGUUCAGCUCCGCCACUUAGCUGGCAAGCACCGGGGCGAACGACUUCCCCGACCAAUACGAAAGCAGCGACGAAACGAGAAAACCCAUCAUAAGCGUCAAACCUGAAUUCAGAGAAAAUAAGAUGCAAGAUCAAGACCCAAAGAUACCUUAUCAUUGAAAUAUAAAUGCAUCGUAUAUUUGUGAAGGGCUUCUCGAGUCUUAUUCCGAAACGACACGCUCGUUUGUGUAAAUUAAAGUAUUGAACUAAUUAAUUAGCGUUAACAUUUUUUGUGUAUCUGAUCUCGAUAAAGUACUUUUACUUUGAGAUUAACUGUAAAUACUGUUAUUAAAUACGAAAUAAGCACGUAGAUUUCGUGACGUAAGGCGAAGUCGCAGAAACUUUUCUUCCAUAGUGAAAUUUGUAAAUAUUUCUUAAUAUUUAGGUUUAAGCCUAACGGUUUUAUCGACGAUACACAUAACUUAUACGUCAACAUUUAAUCUUU